CGCAAAAGCGGCAUCGACGAGUUUGGCACGCGACGAGUGAGUACGCGGCGUAGCCAGCUGAUUCAUUUUCCGCUUUGCACUGCCGCAUCGCUGCUUUCGUGCAUCGCUGCUUCCGUGCAUCGCUGCAUACAAGAUGAUGAGGGCGCUAGCAGCCCUGCUGCUGAUAGCGGCAGCAGCACAAGCGGACGACGUCGACAACGAGAACGCCACCGCCGCGUCCUCGCUAAAUGACGUCGUCGAGGGCCUCAAGGACCAGAUCUUCGCCGACCACGUCAAGGGCGCGCCGCAGACGUUCCGCGAGGAGUGCGCCGCGUUUAUAGCCGCGGUGGACUGGCGCGAGAACUGGAUUCGGUGUUUGCUGCUCUGGCAUCUGAGUUUGUGGGUAUUGUUCGUUUUUACGCGGAAGAACUUCCCCGUGCAAUGUGGAUUGUUUUUCGGCAUCGCGGCGUGCGUGGCACUCGCCGAGACGCUGAACGGGUUGUGCGCCAAGCGCUGGGAGAAGUUCGCCACCCAGAACUACUUUGAUGAAAGAGGCGUCUUCGCGGGCAUCAUGCUCUGCGCGCCUCUACUCGCUCUGGCCUUCGCAAUGCUCCUGAAUUUUCUGGUGAUGGCGUCGUCGAUGCUCGUGACCGUGAAGCGGGCGGAGUUCCGCGGCAAGGCCCGGGAGCUCGGGGCACAAGCGGAGGCGGAGGCGCAGGCGGUGCCCGUUCCAGCUGUAUCGGAACGCGACGAACGCGCCUACCGGAGGACGAAUCGGAAGAAGGGUAAGUAGUAACGUCGUAGAGGACUCCUGGGGGGGCACUAUAGAUGUCUUUUGCCU